CAUUUUGGGAAAUGUAGUUCCUUAAAGAGUGCGUCCUUUGUUGUAGUCAUUCAAAGAACUACAUGUCCGACUCCCCAAAUGCACUGCUCCGGAUUUCAGGAAGGGCAGCAUUGCAAGCUAGGCGACACCUAAACUGGACACCCGUUGAGUCGCCCCGUGUGAUUUCCAUUCCUGCUGCAGAUCCACUCCAGGGUAGCCUUGCUUGGAAUGCUGAUUGAUUGGUGUCGACUUUUAGCGACCACAGAGAGAGAUUCUCGCCAGGAGGCUCUGUCUUCAGCUUGGCCUUUAAGCUCUUGGCCCUUAAGGUGCUUGGGGUGCUGCAAGGACUAAAAUCUGCAAUUGCUGCGGCCUGAAGCCCGCUGAGAAGGAACUGAAGCUCUCGCGCCUCUUCUGGGGGAAGGUGUGACCCUUGCCUUCUCCACCCUUGCGGGGGCCGGGGGCGAUCAGGAAGAAGGUCCACGAGGUGGAAUCUGGGUGUCAAAAACUUUCUUCCCUCCAGAGAGAACAAGGAGUUCUUUAGAUCUUGUUGGAGGCUGCCCUGGAGCACAGAUUGAAGAUGGGAAAGAAAGAUUCUGCUGGCCUGGAUGCAGGAAAUGGACCACAGUUGCUGGGUCCGGUGACCUUUGAGGAGGUGGCCGUGCAUUUCACGGAGGAGGAGUGGGCUCUGCUGGAUCCAGACCAAAGAGCCCUGCACAGGACAGUCAUGGAGGAGAAUUAUGAGAACGUGUCCUCUCUGGCAGGUAACGGUUGGGAGAAUGAAGGAAAGCCCCACAGAGGAUUCAAUCAGAAGAAAAGGAAUGGAUCUCCUGCUUCUCAGCAUGGUGAAUUGCAUACACUCACAAUCAAGGGUGGAAAGGAGAAGGUAGUAGAGAAAACUCUUGAUGCUUUCAACAGGAGGAGCUUCAGUUUUGAAUCCAUCCUUCAGCCUCAGGGGAAAAUGCUUACGGAAGAGAAACCAUACAAAUGCUUGGAAUGUGGGAAAAGCUUCAGCAAGAAAGGAGUUCUCAUUAAACAUGAAAGAAUCCACACAGGAGAGAAACCAUAUAAAUGCUUGGAGUGUGGAAAGGGCUUCAGUAGCAGCACGAGCCUGAUUUUACACCAAAGAAUUCACACAGGAGAGAAACCAUAUACAUGCUUGGAGUGUGGAAAGAGCUUCAGUCACAACACAACCCUAGCUUCUCACAAAAGGAUUCACACAGGGGAGAAACCAUAUAGAUGCUUGGAAUGUGGAAAGGGCUUCAGUCAAAAUGCAAAUCUCAUCUCACACCAAAGGAUUCACACAGAGGAGAAGCCAUACAAAUGCUUGGAAUGCGGGAAAAGUUUCAGUCAAAUUGCAAAUCUCUAUUUACACCAAAGGCUUCACACAGGAGAGAAACCAUAUAAAUGCUUGGAGUGUGGAAAGAGCUUCAGUCGCAGCACAAACCUGACUUCACAUCAAAUGAUUCACACAGGAGAGAAACCAUAUAUAUGCUUGGAGUGUGGAAAGAGCUUCAGUCACAACACAAGCCUGGCUUCUCACAAAAGGGUUCACACAGGGGAGAAACCAUAUACAUGCUCCGAGUGUGGAAAGAGCUUCAGUCGCAGUGAACGCCUGACUUCACACCAAAGGAUUCACACAGGGGAGAAACCAUAUACAUGCCUGGAGUGUGGAAAGAGCUUCAGUCACAGCACAAACCUGGCUUGUCACAAAAGGGUUCACACAGGGGAGAAACCAUAUACGUGCUCAGAGUGUGGAAAGAGCUUCAGUCACAGCACAAGCCUGACUUCACACCAAAGGAUUCACACAGGGGAGAAACCAUAUAGCUGUUUGGAAUGUGGAAAGAGUUUCAGUCAAAAUGCACAUCUCACUUCACACCAAAGGAUUCACACAGGAGAGAAACCAUAUAGAUGCUUGUAGUGUGGAAAGAGCUUACUACACAAGCCUGAUUUCUCAUUAGAAGCUUCAUGCUGGUGAAACCAUAUAAAUGCUUGAAGUGUUGGAAGAUCUUUGAUUGGAUGCACUUCCAUAUUCCUCACUGAAGUACCACUCUGCAUGUUGUAUAUGAAUUCCUGGGAGCUACAUUAAUCUGCUUUGGGAAAAAGACCCCAAACCACAUCCACCUUAAAAGCUUACAUCUUAUUUGUGGCAUGUGCUUCUGAGGAGUGCAUCUGACAAAAGGAGGGCCUAGCUUAUAAAGGGCAAUACUUCUCUCUUCGGUGCCAGGUCAGCACGGAAGCACGCAUCUAGUCGUCUUCUCUUAAAAAGUAGUCACAGCAUCGAUUUUACCUACUGAUGUUCACUCACUUUUAUUGUUUUUUCGGCCUCUUAUCACUUCUCUCUUUUUUAAAAGAGAAGUAAAGGGUAUGACCCCACACCCCCAGAAAGGCAGGCCUACUUUCUCUAUCACAAGGUAGCAGCAUAAUACUUUGUGUUGGUGUUUGUGUCCUUACACCAUGGUGACCAUACUGUCCUCCGACUGCUUGUCUAAGAAUCGUUUCAGCUUUAGCAGCUUCAGUUCAGAGUAAUAUUUGGACGACCUGCAGAAUAGUUUUUUGGAGGAAACCUCCCCCUACACAGCCUCAUGAGGGAAAUAUGGAGUCGUACCAGAGGCAUUGCUAGAUGCUGAAAAGAUCUGGGGCCUAGGCCCUGGUUCAGGCCCACAGCUGCUCUCCCCAUUUUGAGAAUGAACUCUUUUCAUGUCCCCUAAAGAAAUGCAAAACUCUCUUCUACUUCUCAAAACCGUUAAAAAUCAGGACCUUUUAAAAAAUAUCUGGUUUGUUUGGGGCAGUGAAAUGCUGUGGUCCUGGGAGCUUGGCUCCACUUGUGGGUUGAAAAGAGAGAGGAGGUCAAGAGGGGCAUAGCAGCAGUGGCAUAGCAAUAUUGGCAGUGGCUUGUGCUUACAUAUCUUGUUGGGCCACUGCUACCUCCACUACAGUCUCCUCCCACUAUCUGCUAUUGGCUUCUGCUCACCCAUCAGCACUGCCAUUAGCCAGUUAAGAACAUAAGAACAGCCCUGCUGGAUCAGGCCCAAGGCCCAUCUAGUCCAGCAUCCUGUUUCACACAGUGGCCCACCAGAUGCUGCUGGAAGCCUAUGGGCAGGAGUUGAGGGCAUGCCCUCUCUCCUGCCAUUAAACCCCCGCAACUGGUAUUCAGAGGCAUCCUCCCUUUGUGGCUGGAAGUGGCCUAUAGCCCUCCAACUAGUAGCCGUCGAUAGACCUCUCCUCCAUGAAGUUAUCCAAUCCCCUCUUAAAGCCAUCCAGGUUGUUGGCAGUUACCACAUCUCGUUGCAGAGAAUUCCACAAGUUGAUUAUGCACGGUGUGAAAAAGUACUUCCCUUUGUUGGUCCUAGAUUUCCUGGCAAUCAGUUUCAUGGGAUGACCCCUGGUUCUAGUCUUAUGUGAGAUGGAGAAGAAUUUCUCUCAAUCCACUUUCUUCACACCAUGCAUGAUUUCAUAGAUCUCUAUCAUGUCUCCCCUCGUUCGUCUUUUUUCUAAACUAAAAAGCCCCAGGUGUUGUAGCCUUGAUUCAUAAGGAAGGUGCUCUAGGCCCCUGGCCAUCUUGGUUGCCCUCUUCUGCACCUUUUCCAGUCCUACAAUGUCCUUUUUUUAGAUGUGGUUACCAGAAUUGUACACAGUACUCCAGGUGUGGCUGCACCAUAGUUUUGUAUAAGGGCAUGAUAAUAGUAGCACUUUUAUUUUCAAUCCUCUUCCUAAUAUUCGCUAGCAUGGAAUUGGCCUUUUUCACAGCUGCCACACAUUGAGUCGACACUUUCAAUGAGCUGUCCACAAUGACCCUAAGAUCCCUCUCCUGGUCAGUCACCGACAGCUCAGAUCCCAUCAGUGUAUACUUGAAGUUGGGGUUCUUCAUCCCAAUGUGCAUCACUUUACACUUGCCAACACUGAACUGCAUUUGCCACUUUGUCACCCACUCCCCCAGUUUGGGGAGAUCCUUUGGAGCUCCUCACAAUCAGUUUUGGAUUUCACUACCUGAAAGAGUUUGGUAUCAUCUGCAAAUUUGGCCACUUCGCUGCUUACCCCUGCUACUAGAUCAUUUAUGAAUAAAUUAAAAAGCACCGGUCCCAGUACAGAUCCCUGGGGGACCCCACUUCUUACCUCCCUCCAUUGUGAAAACUCUUCAUUUAUACUUGCCCUCUGUUUCCUGUCUUUCAACCAGUUAGCAAUCCACACAUGUACUUUUCCCCUUACCCCAUGACCGCUAAGUUUCCUCAGGAGUCUUUGAUGAGGAACUUUGUUGAAAGCUUUUUAGAAGUCCAGGUAGACUAUGUCAAAUGGAUCACCUUGAUCCACACACUUGUUGACACUCUCAAAGAACUCCAAAAGCUUUGUGAGGCAAGAUUUCCCUUUGCAAAAGCCAUGCUGGUUCACUCCCAGCAGGGCCUGUUCUUCUAGGUGCUUUACAAUUUUAUCCUUGAGGAUGCUUUCCAUCAAUUGAUGGAAAGCAUGCCUGGAACGGACGUUAAGCUAACCAGCCUGUAAUUUCUCAGAUCGCCCCUGGAUCCCUUUUUGAAAAUUGGUGUUACAUUUGCUACUUUCCAGUCCUCUGGUACAGAGCCUGAUUGCAGGGAUAAGUUAUAUAUUUUAGCAAGGAGGUCGGCAAUUUCACGUUUGAGUUCUUUGAGGACUCUUGGAUGGAUGCCAUCCGGCCCUGGCGAUUUGCUCGUUUUCAGUUUUUCCAGACAGUUUAGAACAUCAUCUCUUGUCACUUCUAUCUGACUCAGUUCUUUAGCCUCCAUCCCAGGAACAGGUAUAUGCUCAGUAUCCUCUGCCGUGAAGACGGACACAAAGAACUCAUGUCGCUUCUCUGCAACCUCCAUAUCCUACUUAAUAAUCCCUUUCACUCCCUCAUUAUCUAAUGGUCCAACCGCCUCCCUGGCAGGUUUCCUGCAGUUGCCCACCAGAGGCCUCCAGUUGCCCACUGCAGUUGCCCCCGUAGGUCUCCAUUCACUACAGUGACUGGCUGGCUUCCUUGUUCCAGCUGCAACAUGGUAUAAUGAUGUCACCACUCGGCUCCUGCUAAGAGGAGGCCAGGGGUAGGUGGUGCCAAAUGGCCUGGGGCCUGUGGCAGAUGGCAGGACCAGCAGUACCCAGCUGCCAAUAUGCAGAGCACAUAGACCUUCAUUGCUAGAUCCACCUCUGCAAAGAAAAGAAUUGGGCUGAAACCUCAGCCAGGAGAUCUACCUUUCGUUAAUCUACAAAGAGAUCCCAGAGGCAGCAUGGAGAUGAAGGACUAAGACCUUUUGGUCUCUGGGAGACGACCCUUCUUUCUCUCCCAGUGUUCGUGCUCAAAUGUUCAAGUCAGAUACUACCAUUCCAAACUGUGCUUUCUUUGGACAGUGAGAUGGUGAAGAACUGGUGGUUCUGCAAAGCCAGGCUUUGGGGGCAGGGGGAAGCCUCAGCCAGUCACUCUUAGAUUAGGGAAGGGUGUGGGCCAGCCCUUCUCUAGUGCUCAUGCUAGGCUUCUUGACUUAGGAAUUCCCAGAGUUCCUGUCCUCCUGGGAAAGAUCUUGGAGUGAUUAAUCAAAAUAAAUUAAUCAAAAAUUUUUUGAAUUUAUUCCAAACCUUUCAGUGAAUGGCCUUCAGAUGGGAAUACCUGAGAGGUGUUCUGCAUUUUCUCUGCACCACUGCAGUUUUUAAAAAGGGGGCUUUCUAAAGGCCGUGGGGGCAUGGGGGGGUCUGCAAAGGUUUCCCCUCCCCCUGCUGGCCUCUAGGGCCUCGCAGAGACAAUUUGAGCAUGUGCGGUGGCCAUUUUUAAAAGGCCGCUGAAAACAAAAUGGCCACCAUGCAUGCUCAAAUGGCCUCUGCAAGGCCUGGCAUGGCCUAGGGCCUCACAAAGGCCAUUUGUUUUCAGCAGCCAUUUAAAAAAAAAAAAAAAAUUUACAAAAUGGCGCCCCCCUUCAAGUGGCGCCUGGGGCACGUGCCAUGCCUGCUCCACCCUAGAUACGCCCCUGAAGUUCACUCUUUCUUUGCCCGGGCCCUCUGCUCAGGGUCCCCGGUGAUGGGCCUGCCAAGAUCACGCCUGGCAAUGGCCUGAUGCGGGAGUAGGGUGAUGCUGAGCUGGUCUGCACAUGAGGAAAGCCUCUUGCUUUCCAUUGGCCCAUUCUCCUGUGUCCAGGUAGUGAAGACAAGGCAGGAGUGUGUACACGUACAUACAUACAUAGUGCCCACCAGUCAUCCCAAAUGUCAUUUAGUGUCUUCUCCCCUCCUCCUACCCCUGUUUUCUCACCCAACAACUGCAUAUUAAAUCAAUAGGAAACUCCAGCUCGUGCUAAGGAACGCUAAACACAAAGCACAUUUUGAGGUCUCACUGCAGGGCAGUGUGCCUCUGCAGAGGGGCAUCAAAACUCAGCAAUCUGCAUCAAAAGAUUUCCCAGCCUUUUUGAAAAGUGUGGCUCCUCCUCUCACAAACCUGCAGCUUAGGUAGCCCAGGGAGCUGGUCUUGUGGUAGCAAGUAUGACUUGUCCCCUUAGCUGAGCACGUCUGCCCUGGUUGCAUAUGAAAGGGAGACUAGAAGUGUGAGCACUGUGAGAUAUUCCCCUUAGUGGAUGGAGCCACGCUGGGAAGAGCAUCUAGGUUCUAAGUUCCUGCCCUGGCAGCAUCUUCAAGAUAGGGUUGAGAGAGGUUCCUGCCUUGGAGAAGCCUUGGAGAAGCCACUCCCAGUCUUUGUAGACAACACUGAGCUAGCUGGACCGCUGGUCUGACUUGAUUUAAGGGCGCUUCCUAUGUCCCUAUUGUGUUCCAUAGAGAUUGUGUGUAUGCCCCAUUAAUUGCAGUACGACUGCUUAAGAGUAAUUUAUUUUGGAUGUGGCCUUUGGGCUGCGCGGUCCGGGGUGGACGAAUGCCUAGAAGUAUCCAGAUCCUCUCUUACAUAAGGGGGGGUUGGCUGUGAAGGAAUUGAGUGGGGCGUACCUGCCCAUUCCCGAGCCAGGGUGUGUCGCCCAGUAGGGUGAUGGGUAGGACUUCAGAGUUCUGACCUGCUUCUAUUGGCCCGCACUGUUCUCUAAGGGUGAUUAAUCACCUGGUGCUCUAGUCCGCCAUGCCUGUGUAAUAGUUAAUAAAGUUGUGGCCCUUUUCAUCCAUAUUAACUCUACGUGUCUUCUUGAGCUGGGGUCUGGGGACAAUGUUUAAUUCUUGUUUUAAAAUGUUUUAAAAUUGUUAAUUGUUGUGUUAUUGUUUUUAAUUUGUUUUAGCUUUUCAUUGUUUUACAAGUUUGUUUUAAUUGUAAACCGCCCUGAGACAUUUUUGGAAGGGCGGUAUAUAAAUCAAAUAAAUAAAUAAAUAAUAAAAUAAAUAGUGACUGCAUUCCUGCGGAUGUAGACCUGGGACAUUCCUAACUGUGUUUGGAGUGUUGAAUAGAAAUCUUAAUUCUCCCCCAAAUUCAAAGAUCUUUUGUUUGAAAGAAAGCAAUAAUUAGGUUUUAUGAUACAAGAUAAACCUAUAGAACUAUACCCUUAAGAUAAAUUUAUAGACUUUAUUGUAAAAAAUAAAAGAUUUGUAAACGGU